UAUGGCGGCGGCCGCGGUGUGGGUUUCGCUCAGGAGAGGACGUCUUCGUCUCCCUUGGAGCGCCAAACUCCGUUAUUCGUCCGCGGCGAGUGACGGACUGCUGUUGUCGCUGCACCAGCGGGGGAUCCUGAAAGAGUCCUUCCCCGACGGCGCAGCGCAGGACCGCCUCCCCCGGCUGCUGCAGUCCGGCUCUCAGACGGUGUACUGCGGCUUCGACCCGACGGCGGACAGCCUCCAUGUGGGCAACCUGCUGGCCCUCAUCGGCCUCUUGCACUUCCGCAGCGCCGGACACAAUGUGGUGGCCUUGCUCGGGGAGGCCACGGCCCAGAUCGGGGACCCGAGCGGGAAGACGGGCGACAGAGAGCGGCUCUCCCCCGUGGCGGCGAGGGAGAACAGCCGGCGCGUCCGGGAGAGCAUCCAGCGGAUUUUCACCAACCACGAAAUGAACUUCCAGGACCCGUCCAGAAGCAUGGGCACCUUCACAGUGCUGAACAACUGGAGCUGGUACAAGAACCAGAAUGUAGUGACGUUUCUCUCAGAAGCCGGCAGGCAAUUCCGCAUGGGCACUAUGCUGAGUCGGCACAGCGUGCAGUUGAGGCUGAAGAGUGCGGACGGUAUGAGCCUGACAGAGUUCAUGUACCAGGUCUUCCAAGCUUACGACUUCUACCACCUCAAUCAGAUUUAUGGCUGCAAGAUUCAGCUCGGAGGCACCGAUCAACUGGGCAACUUGAUGUCCGGUCACGACUUCAUUCACAAAGUAUGCGGCGAGGACGUGUUUGGGCUGACCAUACCUUUGGUGACCAGCACGAUGGGAGACAAACUGGGCAAGACGGCGGGCAAUGCCGUGUGGCUCAACAGAGACAAGACCUCUCCAUUUGAACUGUACCAGUUUUUCCUACGGCAGCCUGAUUCCAAUGUGGAAUGGUACCUGAAGCUGUUCACCUUCUUGCCCCUGGCGGAGGUGGAGAAGGUGAUGGAGCAGCAAAGGAAGGAUCCGGGCCAGCGGAUCGCCCACAAACGCCUGGCGGCUGAGGUCACCAAGCUGGUCCAUGGCAAGGAGGGCCUCGAGAGCGCUAAGAGGUGCACCAACGCCUUGUACCACAACAGCGCGCACGCCUUGGAGCAGAUGAGUGACGAGGAGCUCCAGGAGCUCUUCAGAGAGGCUCCUUUCCACGAGAUGCUGCUAGACCCGGGGACCACUGUGCUGGACGCCUGCCGCAAGGCCAGCGCCAUCCCUGAGGGUCCUAAAGGGUAUCGCAUGGUGUCGGAGGGAGCCGUGUGGAUCAACCACCAACGCCAAAACCAGCCGGAGCAAGUGUUGAUCCCCAAGGUCCACAUCCUGUCAAACGGACUGACCCUGCUCAAGGUGGGCAAGAGGAACUUCUACAUCAUCAAGUGGCUCGCGCUCUGAGGCCGCCCGUCCUCGGCAGGGGAAGCGGCGCCCUGCAGACGGAUUAGAGGUGAAGAGGAAAGGGCGGCACCGUCCUGUCGGGUGCGUCACGGGCAGAAGGGACCAGACUGUGCAGACAUUUUGGGGACACAGCAGGCGGUUUGGAGAGGCUCCGCCCGCGGGGCUGUCCUGUAUAUAUGUGUGUGUAUUCGCUAAUGUGCCCGUGUCUCGUUGGUCUUAACCCCAUUAAAAACGUUGGAUGGACGGCUCGUGACCAGCUUGCAGCUUCAGGUGUGCACUUUCUCCCCUCCCAACGGUUGUGGCAACAAAUGUGCAGUUUCCAAAUCAAACACCAGGGGUCAGUCAUACCCCAGUUAUGCAGAGAGCCGCCGCAGGCCGCAGCCCCGGAGCAGAGCACUGCGGCCUCGUAGACGAACGAAAACUUGAAAUUACCUUGAAAAAUCGCAUUUAUCUGAGCCGAUGCUGAGGGGGGGGGGCGGCUGUGUUGCAGGAGAGAGAAAUGUCCUUUCAACCGGGUGCUCAGAACUGAGCAGAACCUGUCGGAACCGGCCCGCUGUCUCUCCCCCUGCAAAGAGGGGUGUAAACAGCACUGCAGAGAAAUCAGCCGAGGUCUCGCCCGGAGACCUUGUUCAAUGUUGAAAACUGAUUUUGUGUAUUUGAGAGGAUUUAUUUGUGCCAUCGACGACGGACCCCCCCCCCCAACAUGAGCACGCUGGCCCCGAUGGCGCGGAGGAGCCAGAUCACACUUGGUGUACAGCAGCAAGUGUGUUUAAGCAUUUGUGGGUCUUUUCGUGCUGCUGCAAACGUAAUGUUGUAAUGGGGGGGGGGGGCUUUUCUGCAGCUUUCCGUAAAAUCCACCGGUUGUGUUUUAUCGUUUUCAUGGUGGUGACUUCGGCUGAAUCCUCCGCGAGAUAGGGGGGGCCACGCGCUCGCCCACCGUUCACAGGUUUAUUUUAUUUUUCUUCCUCUACUGUUUUUUAAAUGUGCUUCUAAUGGGUUUGACGUAGCCGGGGUUGUGCGGCCUACUGGAGGAGAAGAAGAAGAAGACUGGCGUUGCAGGUUUGCUGCUUCCCCUGCACAUCCGGUGUGUCUGAUGACGCGUCGACGCCUUGUCUUUCGGCAGGUAUUACGUCACCUACGUGUAAUGCAAAUGAAACGACUGUUAAUAAAUGCACGUGUUGAGUUCAGCUGCACAA